GAAAGACUAUACCACUCUCUUGUUCUUUCCACCUUCAGUCCUCUAGUGACGUCACCUAGUGCGUCAUUUUAGUGAAUGGAAAUUAGGAAAGCUGUAAUGUGAUUAUGCAAAAUGGCCGACAGUAUGGCAUUCUCUUCUUUAGGUGUUGGAAAUGUAGAAAAUCAACAACACAGGCCACAUUUUCAAAGCAAUCACGUUCUUCAACCAUCUCAUCAAGAUCCUCCCGGUAUGUUUCCACCUGCUGUUAACAUGAUAUUCACCACCAGACCACCAGGAAUGCCAGUGAACAGACCAAAUUUUCCUGAACAAAUGCCACCAAUGGCUAUGCAAGGAUUGCAGAGGCCACCAAUAAAUGUUCCUGGUAUGCCUGGCGUUCCUAGAUUGCCACAUAACAUGCAAGAACCAAUGAUUGAUGCAAACGGCGAUCUCUGGCUGGAACAUAAAACACCAGAGGGUAAAGUUUAUUACUAUAACGCAAGAACAAGAGAGUCAGCUUGGGAGAAACCCAAGAAUUUAGUCAGUAAUGCCUCGAAUCAAGGCCAAGUUGAAGGACCAAUAAUAAAUGGUCAACAACAACUGGUACCAAAUUUAAAUCCACUUUUACCAGGACCACAACCAUUUUUGCCCAACAUGCCCCACUUUCCAUCGCGCAUGCUAUUUACACCCAAUAUGUCUCAACCACCAGGAUUUGGCAACCCACACCAGAUACCAAUGAAUCAAGGUCUUAUUCCACCAGGUCCAAUGCUUCAACAGCCCAGAGUUGAUACACCAGAAUGGAGUGAACACAAAAUGACAGAUGGACGGACGUACUAUUAUAAUUCAAAAACUCAGGUUUCUGUCUGGGAAAAGCCAGAUGCCUUAAAAACUCCUGAGGAAAAAGCGUCACAUGGUCUAAAUGAUGGUACAAGUCAAGAAACUAUCACUGCUGAAUCAGGGAAUAGCGAAAACAAGACAACAGAAGAAGAUAAUAUCUUGGUGGAGGAUGUAAAACAGGAUGACAAUAAACCAGUAGCAAGUGUUCUAAUACCAGACACACAAUGGUCUGUUGUGUGGACUGGGGAUGACAAAGUUUUUUAUUUUAAUCCUACGACAAAGUCAUCAGUUUGGGUUAAACCAGAUGAGCUACUUGAUAACCAUCAUGUUGAUGAAAUAUUAGCUACUGGACCAAAUACUCAACCUAACGAGGUCAGCGACAACAAAGAAAUAUCAGAGGAGUCAUCAAAUGAGCCCACUGCCAAGAAACAGCGUCUUGAAGAUGUUGAAAGCAAUGACGUCGAAAUGGCAACUAUCGCGCAAAUUAAAGAUAAUGAAAAUGAAACUCAGCAAGUUCAACAACUUGAGCAACAAGUUGAAUUACAGAAAAUCAAUGCGGAAACGGGCAAAGCUAUCGAGCGUGAAAGAGAUGCUGCUAUAAAACGAAAGACGUUAGCCUUGGAAGAACGCAUCAAUGAUUUCAAAGAAAUGCUUCGUGAACGAGCGGUUUCCGCCUUUUCAACGUGGGACAAAGAACUGCCGAAGUUUGUUUUUGAUUCUCGUUACCUUUUGUUGAACCAACGAGAAAGAAAGAGUGCAUUUGAUCAUUACGUACGCAUGAGAGCCGAAGAAGAAAGGAUCGAGAAAAGAAACAAACUAAAAGAAAAGAAAGAUGCUUUCAAAGCACUACUAGAAGAAGCAAAGGUGUCCUCACGGACAACUUUUAGCGAGUUUUCUAUGAAAUACGGUAAGGAUGUCAGGUUCAAAGACAUUCCCAAAAUGAAGGAACGCGAGACCUUGUUUGCAGAUCAUGUUGCUGAACUCAGGAAACUGGAACGCGAAGCCUCGCAAAAGAAAAAAGAUAUCGUCGAUGAAACGGCGAAACAAGAUUAUUUACAACUGCUAUCCGAGCAACAAGGUCUUAUUAAUAAAGAAGCUCAUUGGCACACAGUCAAGGGGAAAAUAUGCGACGAUCCUAGAUAUGAAGCUAUUGGCAGCAGUCACCGUCGGAAGGAAUUGUUCAGAGAAUAUGCAGAAAAACUGGAGCAAACCGAGGUAAAACACGUAGACGACGAGAAAGAAAAGUUGAAUCGGGUGGAAGCAAGUCUCCGCGAGAGGGAACGUCAGGUGCAUGCGCAACAAGCUGAAAUGAUGAACGAACGUGAAAAAGAGAAGGAAAAACAUGUCAAAGAAAAGGAAACACAGCACUUUUUGGCUUUAAUGUCGGAUAUGGUUCGUAAUGCGGAUGCGAGCUGGAAAGAGACGAAGCGUUCGCUUAGAAAAGAUCAUCGCUGGCAAAUGUUGGAAAGUUUGAGUAAAGAAGACAAGGAAAGUCUCUUUAAUGAUCACAUCAAUCAAUUGAAUCAAAGAAAACGUGAUCAAUUCAGAAAACUUCUUGAUGAACAAAACGAGAUUGGUUUGAAAACAAGCUGGAGAAGUGCCAGGAAAUUGAUAAAAGACGAUCCAAGAUUUUCAAAAUUCUCUUCAAGUGAUCGAAAACGCGAAGCAGAAUUCGUUGAAUACAUUCGAAAUAGACUCAAUCAGGCAAAAAAUGAAUUUUGGGAUCUUUUGAAAGAAACGCAUAUAAUUGAUCACAGAUCAAACAAGUUAUUAGCUGAAUCAGACCGUCAUCUCAAAGAUAUCAUUGAAACUUUGAAGCAAGACAGUCGUUAUUUGAUUCUCGAUGACGCCGAGGAUGAGCGAGAUCGUAUUUUGUAUCAAUAUAUAGGUGAGUUAUCACGGCGUGGUCCUCCACCUCCCCCUACGGCUUCAACUCCAUCUAACAGAAGUAAACGACCGUGGUUCGUACAAGAAACCUUGUCCUCAAAACAAUAGAGGAAUCAUUGGUCAAAUGAGUUUAUUUCAUUUCUUCUUAAAGUAGUUCAAAAGACAUCUGUAAAUAUGGCACAUGCACAAAAUAUCUGCUAAGGUUCAUCUUGUAUGAAGAACUGAAUGUCCGAGUCAUUCGUUUUGAAGACACCAGAGCAUAAUCUUUUGCAAUGAAUACAUUGCUUUAAGGUAGACAAACGAGAAUAUUUUAACCGUAAAUGGAAAACGUUAUCUCGAAAUAUUUUAUGAUGAAACGAAGUAGAUAAUUUGAGAUAAGUUAUUGCUUUAACUUCCAGACUUCUGCAUAUUAUCUGCGUGCAACGUUUGCAGCGAAAACCAACUUCGUUUUAAGUUUGUGCUUUCCAUACCUUUUGAUCAUAAAUUAUUACAAAGUUAUGAAUUAUUAUCAAACAGAAAGUGGUGUAGAAUCUUUUAAAUAUUAUAUUCCUUUUAAAUCGCCUUGCA